UACAGUUUACUAGUGGUUUUGGCUGUAUUGCGUGAUGUUGCAGAAUACAAGAUAAUCUUAGUGGAAAGGCUGCAUGAAUUGAAUCUCAAUCAGUUGAAUUUCCUUCACAGGCAAGAGGUCUCAUGGCUGAAACUCUGGACAUGCUUGCACAGAAGGGAAAGUUUCAUCUUUCUUGUGAACUUCAGGGCAAGUUGGCAUCCAGAGGAUUCACUGAUAUUAUCAGCAGAAGUGCGAAUGGUGCUUUUAUACAGUGUAUGGAUCCUAAGGACGCAGUAUCAUUUCUGUUGUCUAAGCCUGAAACUAUUUUAAGUCAUACGAAGUUCCUUCUUUGUCAUCUGACUUCAUUGAAUGAAGAAAGCUUGGUACACAUUGCUCGAGUUCUGGACCCAUCUCGUCCUUCAUUUAGAUCCUUGGCAAGUAAAGUGAGACCUCCAAGGCAAAGAACUGCAUCUGGAAGCUCAAUCAGCUCAGUAAUUUCUCUUGAAAGUACUGCCAGCUUCGGACAGGAGGAUCAUAAGCAACCUUCCCUGCAUGAUCUGAUUGAGCUGUUUUUAUGUUGUCUUUUGGUUUUAAAUCAUCUCAGAGAUGAUAAGUUGGAUGCCGAUGCAAGAGUUGCAGCAUUAAAGUGCAUUACUGGUGGAGACCAAGCUUCUGAAAAUGGUCCAGGAAGGAAGAGGGAAAGUACAGUGGAGUUCCUGUGCAGGCCUGUCAGGUUGUCCUGUGGUCAACAACACACAGCUGUUGUUAGUUCAUCAGGAGAUGUUUACACAUGGGGAAGGUCGCAAAAAGGAAGAUUGGGUCAUGGAGAUUUAAUUGAGGAAGAAGGAAAAUCCGUUCCUUUUCGAGUUGAAAUUCUCCACAUGCACAGGAUUAACGUGUUGUCAGUGGCUUGUGGAAUGGAACAUACGUUGGCUCUCUGCAGUGAUGGGGUGUAUUCUUGGGGAUCAUCAGAGUAUGGACAGCUUGGCCAAGGAGACACACAGCAACAGACAAGGCCUGUCUACAUUACCGAGCUAUCGGACAAGAAAUGUAUAGCAGUUAUGUGUGGAUAUUAUCACUCCAUGGCUCUGUCAGCAGAUCACCGGGUGUGGUCAUGGGGAUGGGGAGUCCAUGGACAGUUAGGAGUGGGUAGUAUUGAAGAUGCACUCCUGCCAACUCAUGUGCAAGCACUUGAUGAGUAUCAAGUGACCAAACUAGCUGCUGGGUAUUCACACAGUGCAGUACUUACAGCUCAGGGACAAAUCCUCACAUUUGGAGGAGGACUGUAUGGUCAGUUAGGACUGGGAACCAACAGUAAGCAGACACUUCCAGUGCUUGUAGACACUUUGAAGAAUGAGAAACUUUACUUGAUUUGUUGUGGAUCAUUUGAAACUCUGGCUAUCACAGAAGACCAGAAAAUUUUCAACUGGGGAAGAAGUCCACACUUAUUUAGAUAUUACAUGAGACAGGAGUAUCGAUCAAAACGUUCUGCACAGACAUCGCUUCCUUCCAAUGCAGUAUCACACAGAUUACUGCCUGUGAGAUUGGAUUGUACUUUUUCAUCACGAAUAAAAGAUGUGUGUUGCGGCAAUUGGCAUUACAUGGUAGUUAUGGAGUCUGGUCAAGUUUACAGCUGGGGAUAUGAUGAUUAUGGACAACUGGGACUUGGUGGGAAAACGGAACCACAGAUGACCCCCAGACUACUUCACAAGCUCUCGAACAAGAGCAUUACUACUGUAAGUGUUGGUGCAGAGUUUUCUGUUGCUAUGGAUACAGCUGGAUAUGUGUGGGUAUGGGGGCGAACUGACUCAGGGCAGCUUGGUUUAGAUUUUGGUACCACUGGUGUUGGCAAGAAGGAAGUUUCUGUGCCUUGUCAGUUGACUAGUCUACCCCCUAUGAAUAGAAAGGCCUCCAUCUCAAGUGAGGUACAAUUUUUCAACUUCCAUUUCAUUAUUUUUUUCAAAUUUCACAGAAUCUGGUUAAUUGUGAGGCAAGUGCUCAUGCCAGUACAAAUUACUUUGCUACUCUGUUACAGUGUAACGUAUUUGAUCGUCUUUAUGUCUUGGAGUAGCAUCUUUAUUUCACUCUUCUUCUUCAGGCACAGUUUGGAUAUCAGGGAUUUUCUUGCAGCUGCAGUUAUUUAUGAAACUGUGGGUGACUGGCCACAGGUUCUUGGCUACAGUUUAAGAUUUCUUAAUGAUUGUUACACUUCUAUAUCUUGUGAUGGAAUGAGGGACAAACUCCUUUCUUCAGCUUUUGACAUCCUAAAUCAUGUAAUCAGAAAAUUCACAGAAUCCCAAAUGAAUGAUGAACAAUCAACACAACAGACUGUAUGGCUACUACAAGAGGUUUUACAGUUUUGGAAUCACAACAAUCUCCCAUUUGAGAGUUUGGAGGGUUUUUUUCUUGAGAAUUUAGAUAUCCUUGGCUAUGCUCUCAGCUUAUUGUUGAUCAGAGAUCAUUUCCUUUCUUCACCAAACAAAGAUGCUCAAGAGUCAGGUUCUGCAGAAAUUAGUAACACAGGCGAAACAAUGCCACCAAAGUUUAGUGUUGAAUUUUUCAACAAAGUUGUAACUCAUGUGGUUCAUCAGCUACAAGAGGAUGAUUUGGGUGAAGAAUAUGCCUCAGAUUUAAAAUCUAUUCUUGCAAGGUACAGCAGUACAGAGGAUUCUACCAGAGCAAAAGAUGGAAUAUUUGCCCAGCCAUUUGCACAUCUAGAUGCAGGCAUUCGACUACAAGACUUCCAUGCAGCGCAGAAACACCUCUGGCAAGAGAUCUUAGUCAAUAUCAAAAAAGAUUUGGAAAAACAUCCAUAUAUUGCUUUAUCCAUGACUGCUGCAGCUACCAUAGCAUCUGCGGCAGUUUCUCAACAAAGAGGGUGGACCGGAGAGGGAGAGUUGAUCACUGAAGUACAACUGCAAGCUGAUGUUGUUUUAUUUACUUGUAACCAUCAUUUUCCAAGAGUGUAUUUCCAGGAGUUCAUUUUGCCAGAAUUUCAGCAACGAAUGUCAGAGUUGGUUAUGCCUUUGAAGCAUACCACGAAACUACUGUUGAAGUUUUACUUGAGGCAAGAAGGUUUCUUGCCAACGGCCUGCCCUAUCUGUGUGUAUAACUCCAUCAGAAUAGAACAGAUGGAAAUUGUGGCAGAACAAAGUGGAAAUAAUGAAAACAUGCCAACCAGGCCCUGGGAUAUUUGAUGUCAAGACAAGAUUCUUGUUUUGUUUUUUACUCUUCACUGUGUCAGAAUUUAAAAAUUGACCUUGAUCAAGUGUACCCCAUGAAGUCUAUUUAUUACCUCAUUAUUAAGUUGCAUUAGAGGCUGACUCUCACUUAACAGAGAAAAAAAAUGAAGACUGGUGUUGAAUUCAGGAUUAUCAUAAUUAUCUUUAUUAAAAUAAAAUUAUUAUUGGUGCAAAUUUUUAGCUCAAAAUAUUUUUUUUAGCCUUCGGUACCUUAAAAAAUCAGCAAUUAAUAUUUGAAAGUUACAAUUUUUAGUUCAAUUCUACAAAUUAAAAGGUGACAUUAUUGAAAUAUUUUUCUGUAGGAUCACACAAAUUUAUUAGAAAGACAAGAAAGGAUUAACAUAAUAAUAAUUUUGCAUCCUACUCGUGAGUAGAUUUAAACUAAAAGAGGUCAUAUGUCAUUAUUGUUGUAUCUUUGUUUAUGAAAUAGUUGUUACACAUCCAGUGAAAAAUCAUCAUCUUAUAGAGGCCACAAAAUGUAAUGAUAUAAAAUAAACCAGGAGAUACAUAGAGAAAAGACAGCAAAUUUACAUUUACCAGUAACUUAGUAAAAGAUUACAACUUGCAGUUACACACAA